AUGGGCGACGAGACGUUUACGUUUGGGCAGCGGGGCAGCCACUUUUUCCAGUGUCCGUCGGCGCGAGAAUAUACCCGCCUUCCCCCCAAACUCUCCCGGCUCCUCGCAUCCCCCCAAUUGCAAACCAUCCACCACCUAACCCUCGGCUCCGAAGACAGCUUCAUCCUAACCUACCGCUCCACCACUGGAACCUCGCACAUCGAAUCCUCGGGCCCACUACCCGACGAACUCCUCUCCUUCAUCCACGCUCCCAACCGCCAUGUACCGCAACUCCGGUGCUACCUAGGCCCCUACAACUCGUCCUUCUUCACCCACGACUCGUCCUCGUACCUCUGGCAAAACCUCCCCCCAACCCUCCUCUCCGCACUAGAAGCAAAUAUAAAAAACGGCAAGUGGCGCGACCGCCCCCGCAUCGUUGCCCUCGGCGCAGACGGAAACUUCGUCUUCAUAACCGAAAAAAACACUGCCGUGUGGGACUUGGCAUGCUACCCCUCCCUCGUUUCCUUUCUUCAAGAAAAAAGUGACAAGGCUGCGAUUGCAGAGGUAAAGUCGGUCACGUUGCAUCCUCAUCGCUACGCUUGCUUCCUGCUUCUCCUCAAAAACGGGACGUUGCUUUCGGGUAAUGUUCCUCCCCAUCAAGUCCCGGGGGUUAAUGCUAUGCUUGAGCCGCUGAGAAAGGAUAGUCAGGAGAAGGGGACCGCGUGGAUGGCGAGGAGGGAGAGUGCGAAGACGGAGAGGCCGGCGAGGCCGAGUGUGUUGCAGCAGAGGGCGCAGUUGAGGCGGGAGUGGGGGGAGAGGACGAGUGAGGUCGAGGUUAGGGGGAAGGGAGUCAAGUUGAGUUUUAGUCUUAGUGUUAGUUUGGGCGGG